GUAAUGCAGUAAGCGCUGUCAGUUAGAGGCGAGUGACGUCACGGAUGCGACCCGUUCUUUGGAGGUUCAUUACUGGUUUUGGAGACACGACAUUAUUUUUCCGAAUUUUACAGGAUAGCUGAGGACCCGCUUGUCUGAUUUCAAAAUGCCUUUCUCACCAAGAUCUCCCGCAGGAGUUCCUCCAAAGGAAAAGUAUCACUACAAUAAAGCACUUCAGGAUUUAAUGCGCAUGAUACAAAACAGUAACUGUCCAGACAACGUAAAUGAUCUUUCUUAUGACUCGAGUCAGCUGGAUAUAGCAGGAGAACACCUGGAUGAUCAAGCUGUACACCCGGUCCAGGAUGUGAGCGCCCAUCUCUAUACAGAAACUGACGUUACGCUGCCAUCUCACUUAGUAGCAAACACGUACACUGAACCUUCCCUAGAAAGCAGUGUUGCUGUUAAACAAAAUCCUAGAAAACCACGAAGCAAUGUUUUAAAAGGUCCAACUGUUCUGCCGUCAGAAGUCCACGGCAUUUAUGAUGAGUUAAUGGGGAUAUACCAAAAGCUUCAGGAGGAAAGGGUGUCUCAGCAAGAAUAUUCAAUUCAGUUGAAAAAGCGAGAGCAGAAUUUGCAGGAGAAGGAAGAAAUGCUGAUGAAACACCAACUUAUGCUGGGUAAAAUAAAAGGCGUUGAAGAGGUUGUACAUGCAAAGUUUCGAAUGAUGAAAGAGCAACAUGAUGCAGAAGUUAAGCAGGUCUCAGACACCCUGAAGGAGAAGAUUAAAGAAAAUAAAAGACUGAAGUCUUCAUUUGACACCUUAAAAGAAAUGAACGACACAUUAAAAAAGCAGCUAAAUGAAGUGAGUGAGCAGAAUAAGAAACUAGAGACCCAAGCUCGGAAAGUCCAGGCCCGUCUGGAAAAUUUACAAAAAAAACACGCUUUCCUCACUGCACAGAAAUGCAGACCUGUUUUACAUGUAUCAAAUGAUCAGAAGCCUCCAAAGGCCGAGAGGACCUGCCCUCCCAGUAAAUCCAAGAUCCCUAAUAGCGCUCAAGUAUAUGAUCUCGUAACAAUUCUUAUGGACUGGCUAUCUGAACUUCAGGGGAGCAGGUCAAUAUCGGAGGAAUAUGAAAACAAAGAGAAGGCGUUAUGCACAAAUAAACUGCCCCCAAACUAUGCUCAAGAAAAGUGUGCCAAGGUCCUACCUGUUGUUGUAGAGCAGUUCCAGUGGAUGCCUUUGGUCAACCAUAAGAUACAUCUGGCUUUUAUCAAAUUUAUAUACUGGACUUUAAGACAAAUGGAAAAUUCAACACAGUUGACGAUGACCUCUACCCUAAGGCGAAUUGGUGAGGAAACAUUUAAGGGGACAGUGGUCCAUCCCACCCCGAGUUCUUCCUUUGGGAACAUUGCAGACAACAAACAAAAAACUGCAGCCUUUUUCAAAAGCAACCACUUUCCACUGAGAUUUGUGUCAACUCUUGUUGUACUGAAAACUGUUACUCAAGUGGAUUAUCUUGCUCAAGCUUUGGAUUCCCUUUGUAUGGAUUUAAAGAGUGACGAAGGAAGAUGCCUCUUCUUGGAAUACCAAGCCGUAACAAUUAUUUUAAACCUUUUGGGUGUUUCAAACAGAGGCUUAGUUUCUAGCGUCUUAGAUAUUUUACUUCAGCUGUCCAUGGAGACCAGGUUUGCGCAGCCUUUCCAGGAAUCAUGUAGCAACGAGGCAUUUUUUAAGACCUGCGCCUCUCUGCUUAGAGAUCCUAAAAUCCAUGUUCCGGCUCUAGAGAAACUAAGCAUUGUUCUUCAAAAGCUCUCUAAAGUCAGGAGCAAUAAGAAGUAUUUUGAGCUUUUUAACAUUCCUUCAAUUAUUCAAGAAAUGCAAAGAUCAGCAAGUCCAGAUCGUGCCUUUCUCAUUAUCAAUUUGAACUCCAUUCUCUUUCACUUGGGCUCGUCUAAAGCUAACAGUUUGUCAUCAAAUAUGAGCCCAGAUCAUUGACUUGUAAUGUAAUAUGUGA